AUGGGGAAAGAAUCUGGGGUCCUCAAUCUGGUGUUUUGGGGAAGUGGUAGUGGAGAUCUGUUACAGAAAGUGAUAGCUUGUGGAAUAGGUGGUGCAAGUUUGAUUUGGAGUGCAUGUGUUUGGAAGGCCUUGGGGGAGGUGGUGAUUUCAGAUGUUCUGGCACAAUGGUUGCUAUGGGUGGCCUUGAAGGAGUGCAUCCUGACCCUUUUAGGACGUUUCACUGAAGAGGAGCUUUCUAGAAUUGAGAAUAAGAGAUGGACUAUGAUUAUGACAUCGGAGGAAAGGUGGAUUUGCUGCAUUGGAGGUUAG